AGCGGAUGCCCCACGUGUCCCUCGCGGCGUCCCGUCGUCGCCCCAGCCCUGCGGACCCGAUCCCAAGAUGGCGGCGCCCAGCGAAAGGAGGAACGGCGGAGGCGCGAGCUUGUGGGCUGCGUUGCUGCUGGCGGCCGCUGCGUUGAGGCCGGCGGAGGCGGUGUCCGAGCCCACGACGGUAGCGUUUGACGUGCGGCCCGGCGGCGUCGUGCACUCCUUUUCCCAGAACGUCGGCCCGGGGGACAAAUACACUUGUGCGUUCACCUACGCUUCUCAAGGAGGGACCAAUGAGGAGGCCGCAGUGCUCUGGCGUUACCCCGUUUCACACUCGAGGACACAGAGACCCAGGCUCCCCCAGCUGGGAAGUGACCGAGGUCCCUGGGGCACAGACCCCAUCCACUGCUCUGUGCUCCUGACCCAGGGUCACCAGCAGCUUGGAAGAGAUCAAGUGCGUGGACCCCUGCCCUGCCUCCUCCGACUGAACUUAAACUCUCAGAUGUGGACAGCCCGCUGCCGCGUUGGGUGAGCGAGCCAAGUUCACACACACUGGCCGGGGCCGCCGCAGACCGGAGCCCUGUCCUGGAGUAGCGGUUGGCUCACAAACUAUACUUCAGCAGUCGCCUGGAAUUCGUUUUAGAAGACAGGGUACAUCCCGCAGGAAAUCAGCUCUACGCAGAGCAGACGUGUCGUGGCUCAGACUUGUCCCAGCUGCAGGCCAUCUAGAGCGGUGACAGGACCACAGGGAGCCGAGCGCCUGGGCAGGUGGUGCUGCAUGAGCCGGAGGGGUGGCUCUUUGGUGGCUGUCCUGCGGCCGCCUCCCAAGUGAAUGGCGGCCAGAUUCUCAGCAAAGGUGCAGGCAUGGUUAGAUGUUCUGUAGCUUUCGCGGGACACCGCAGAGGGCCCCGGGGGCAUUCCUGCAGAGGCCUCAUCAGAGAGAGGAAGCCCCAGCGUCUGGUUGGUGCCCGGGAGGACCCGUGGCCGGGCUGGGGGUGUGCAGGGGCGCCGGGUGCACGGAGCGUGGAGCUAGGGCCUCUGAGGGAGCACAGCCCGCGCCUGCUCCUUCGGUGAUGGUUGACUUCGGCAGGGGGUCACCUGGGAGGCCAGGGCUGUGCUGGCAGGUGACAGCAGGCACAGGAUGUCUAGCCAGGGAGCUUGGCUGUGUUUGGUGGGGACACAAACAGGCCAUCUCUUACAGAGUUCAACGUGCGCUCACUAUAGAACCCCACACUCCCACUGUGAGCUCUCUGCCCUCCAGGAAUGAAAACUCACCCACGCAAAACCCUGUACACGACCCUUCACAGCAGCAGGGUUCACGGUGGCCCACAGGUGGAAACAACCGUGGUGUCCGUCCGUGGGUGAACGGAGGCACACCGUCUGUCUACCACGCAUGGGAGUGUCACUGCUGUAUACAGGGGCGUGGCACCCACACACUGCCCUGGGGACAGACCCUGAGCCCACGUGUGUGACAUGUCCAGAACAGGCCCAUCCACGAAUGGGAAGGGGACUCAGGUGGGCGGGGAAGGGAUAGAGCUUCUUUCUGGGGUGAUGGAAUGUUCUAGAUCAUGGGGAUGGUUGCAGAUCUCUGCACAUGCUAGAACACGCAGAAUCGUUCACCAUACGAGGGUGAAUUGUGUAGCGUGUCCAUAUUUCUCAGUCGAGCUAUUGAAUAAAGGACCUGUGGACACGGCCGGUGGUGUGGAAGGUUCUCCACUGUCCCACGCUAAGUGAAACCACGUCAGACUGCGCACUGCCCAGUUCGGCUGGGGACGGUCUUGCAGAGGCACAACUCUGAGAUGGGGCCAGCAGUUACCAAGGAUUUGUGGGAGUGAGUUAACUGCAGAGGGAAGGAGCGGGGACCCAGGGACACAGAUCUGGUCUGUAUCUUCAUUAAUGGUGGAUACAGAGCUGGAAGCAUUUGUCGGAGCUUCUAGAACUGUCACCAAAAGGGGUGCAUUUCUCCAUAUGUCGUUUAUAUCUUAAUAAAAACUAAUCACAACCGCCAAUUAAGUGUCAUCUGUCAUCCCCGGCCACUCCUGGGCUGACUUCCCCAGGGGCUCAGGCUGUCCCCGGAACACACACUCGCAGGAAUGACUCCACGCCCAAACCCGAGCCUCACCAUCUGCGCACCGCGCCCUGCAACCCCGAGACGGCGGUGAGGCUCAUGGAACCGGGAGGCCGCUCAGAGGGAUGUCAACCCUCUUGCUAAGAAACUCUGGGUUUUAAAUUUGUUUGCAUUUGUAAUUUUUUAACCAGUGUUUCAACAUUUGUCUCUUCUUCAAGAGCUUUUUCAGAGCCGUGGAAAACCUCUCGGAUCUAUUUCAUUGCAUAAAACCGUUUCCAGGGGCACCUGGGUGGCUCAAUGGGUUAAAGCCUCUGCCUUUGACUCAGGUCAGGAUCCCAGGGUCCUGGGAUCGAGCCCGACAUCGGGCUCUCCGCUCCUGGGGAGCCUGCUUUCUCCUCUCUCUCUCUCUCUCUCUCUGCCUGCCUCUC